AACAACAUCCAAAAUCUUCCGUUUUUUACGGCUCAUCGUGGCCACUCUUGAAAGCCUUAGUCCAUACACUAAUCAUUUUAAUAUUUACUGCUGUUGACCUCUUCUACUUGCUGGAUUUUACCCUAAGCGAUUGCUAGAACCCGAAAUUAGUCAGUGUCGUCAUGAGCGAUCUCUUAAAUUAUAUUCUGUCCCAUGAAGAUGCCUUCAGGAAGAACCGAUUACCGUCUCUAUACUCCGACUUCGCCAUACACAAAAGCACGAACCCUGAUGGAUACGCUGUGAACGUCGCGGCUUGGGAAAAAGCCCUCACCAACGCGGCGCGUGCUGGCCAUGUGUCCUUCGAUAAUGCCCCAAGCAAGAAACGCGAUCAUUUAAUUCUGGUUGCAGAUGAGAAUCUGCUACACAUGUUGGAAAUACCGGAAUGCGGUACACCGGUGGCUUUGGCGAGUGUCUUUGACGAAGCUAUCCAGAAACGAAUUAUGGUUCCUUUCGAGGUCUAUAGGUCGAGUAAUUUCAAAUUAUCGACCAGUCGGUGGAGGAUCCUGGAUUCGGGAGUUUUAAGCCCUUGGAACGUCAUGAAUUGGAGCUUGCGACAGCUCAAGGGAUUUGUCGUUGGAUCAGAUAACACUUCCGGGAAGCUUCAUACUCGGAAACUCGUACUCGUGGAAAAUCUCAAGGAGACUGCGAAACGAGUACUCCACUUACAAAGUAACCGAAAAUCUUCCUCUUUAGACAGGAUAUACUCAAAAGAGAGAUUUACAAACACUUUCAGCACUGUGCUAGAAGGCGACACCGUGCUCUCCGAUGAUGACAUUGAGGCUCUGUUAAUCUACCUCUCGCGAGAUAUCAACGCCAUUUUUUAUGAUGGAAAGACAAUCAAAUUCCUCACUGGCAACGACAGAUCACCAGUUACUCCCGAAGAUACAACCAUAGCCUCUAUGAAGGACCUCAUCUCCAACUUGACCGAACAAAUCUCCCGGAUUGAACUGAAGAUUGGUGAAUUGAACAUCAAUGCAAAGAACGCGCUCGCCAAUAAGAACCGCAUAUCCGCCCUCUCGGCUAUCAAGAAUAAGAAGAUCGCCGAACACAACCUUAACCAACGCGCUAAUACAUUGCACCAACUAGAGGAAGUAUACAACAAAAUCGAGCAGUCAACAGAUCAGAUAGAGAUUGUGCGCGUCAUGCAAGCUAGUACGGGUGUUCUUCGCAGUCUACAUGCGCAAAUCGGUGGCGUUGAAAGGGUUGAGGAUGUCAUUGAGAAUCUGCGUGAAGAGAUGUCCAAGGUUGACGAAGUCGGUAAUAUCAUCAAUGAAGCUGGUCCUGUCAUUGAUGAAAGCGAGAUCGAUGAUGAAUUGGAGGCACUCGAGACCAAGGAACUUCGCGAGAAAGAGGAGGAAGCCAAGGUUACACGGCAGAGGCUAGAACAGCUAGAAAGCCACGAACAAGCUGCAAGGCAGGCUGCACGAGAAGCAAGCAAAACGGCAGAGGCGGUGGGAGAUGUCGAAUCAGAGUUAGCAGCCAGUAUUGGUCAACUCUCGAAUAUGUCCUUGAAAGACUCGGCGAUGACGGAGAGGGAAGGGCAGCACGAAGUUGAAAAACCUGUUCCUGCACAGUAGUAAUGCUGAUCGACGACUUUGAACUGCCAUUAUGCUUCUGGAGAUGU